UCCUCACCUGAAGGCGGCAAUAAAGCUCAAAUGUAGCAGCUCUGUCUUGUCUACCGGAAGUUUAAAAAAAAAAAAAAGGUUAGCAAGUUUUCGCUACAUCAACGCUACUCCAACCAGUUCUGCGUUGUUUCUAAUUCUGCGCAUAUCGAACCAUCUUGUAUACUAUUAAGGAAUAUGAUACUUUAAUAAUUAGUCGUGUCGGGAUCAACUCGUCUCAGCGUCACUUGAAAGCGUCUCAGGCUAGCUUAGCUUGCUAGUUAGCUUAGCAUAUUAGCCGCUUACAACGACAAGCGGAAGUGAUCAACAGUGAGAACAUGUGCAAAGUAGAAAUGCUGAGAGUGUUGGUGAAGCAGCGACUAACUGCUGCUGUGGAAGAAAUAUUUGUAGUGUUGGAAAGAACGAUAGCAGAAUACGAGGAGGAACUUUGUCGCACCAAAAAGGAGAACGAGCGACUGCUGGAGGCAGUUUUCAACAAACAUCACGUUGGGACACACAGAGCAGAAGAACAUCUCGCCUCUGAGCAGCAGGAGUGGAGCUCCGGGGCGGCGCAGGAGGGGCCACAGCCCCCCCACAUUAAAGAGGAAGAUGCGGGGGAGACGCCGGAAGAGCUGCAGGACUUCCCGGUGAUCCGCGUCAUCGUAAAGAGUGAAGAUGAGGAAGGCGGCGGCUGCGGAGGAUCACAGGCGGGCCGCCUCUUGGCGCCGCUGUCGGACAGCGACGACGCCACGUCUCCCGGCAGCGACGGCGGCGACGACGACUCCAAAGCCGCGGCGUGUCCCGCGGAAGAGAAACACAAAUGUCUCCAGUGCGAGAAAAUGUUCGGCAACAAGCGAAACCUGAAGCGACACAUGAGAUGCCACACGGGAGAAAAACCCUUCAUGUGCUCGGUUUGCGGCAAAAGAUUCUCCCGCAAGGACUACCUGACCAUCCACACCAGGAAACACACCGGGGAGAAACCCUUCACCUGCUCCGUCUGCAACAGCAGUUUUAGCUUCAACUCGGCCUUGUUCCAGCACAUGGAGACCCACUUUGGGGAGAAGCCGCAGUGCCCGCAGUGCCACAAGCGCUUUGGCAACAAGAGAAACCUGAUAAGGCACAUGAGACGGCACAGCGAGGAGAAACCGUGCGUCUGUUCCUUCUGCGGCGAAGGCUUCGCCCUGAAAAGAAGCUUGAUCCGACACAUCAGAACGCACAUCGGGGAGAAAACGUUUGCGUGUUCAAUCUGCAACACCAGCUUCUGCUACCAGUCGGGUUUGAGUAAACACAUGAAGAAACACACCAGUAAGACGGUUUAGCGCGAGUGGGAGACUGAACAUCUAUUAUUGUUUGCUCUAUCACAGGGGUCACCAACGCGGUGCCCGCGGGCACCAGGCAGCCCGUAAGGACCAGAUGAGUAGCCCGCUGGCCUGUUCUAAAAAUAGCUCAAAUAGCAGCACUUACCAGUGAGCUGCCUCUAUUUUUUAAAUUGUAUUUAUUUACUAGCAAGCUGGUCUCGCUGUGCCCGACAUGUUUAAUUCUAAGAGAGACAAAACUCAAAUAGAAUUUGAAAAUCCAAGAAAAUAUUUAAAGACUUGGUCUUCACUUGUUGAAAUAAAUUCAUAAUUUUUUUUACUUUGCUUCUUAUAACUUUCAGAAAGACAAUUUUUAGAGAAGAAAUGAUUUUUAGGAUUUUUAAACACAUAUACCUUUUUACCUUUUAAAUUCCUUCCUCUUCUUUCCUGACAAUUUAAAUUAAUGUUCAAGUAUUUUUAUUUAUUUAUUAUUAUUGUAAAGAAUAAUAAAUAACAUUUUAAUUUAAUUCUUCAUUUUAGCUUCUGUUUUUUCCACGAAGAAUAUUUGUGAAAUAUUUCUUCAAACUUAUUAUGAUUAAAAUUCCAAAAAAUUAUUCUGGCAAAUCUAGAAGAUCUGUAGAAUCAAAUUUAAAUCUUAUUUCAAAGUCUUUUGAAUUGAUUUAAAAAAUUUUGUUCUGGAAAAUCUAGAAGAAAUAAUGAUUUGUCUUUGUUAGAAAUAUAUCAAUCAAUCAAUCAAUCAAUCAAUGUUUAUUUAUAUAGCCCUAAAUCACAAGUGUCUCAAAUAGCAGCACUUACCAGUGAGCUGCCUCUAUUUUAUAAAUUGUAUUUAUUUACUAGCAAGCUGGUCUCGCUGUGCCCGACAUUUUUAAUUCUAAGAGAGACAAAACUCAAAUAGAAUUUGAAAAUCCAAGAAAAUAUUUAAAGACUUGGUCUUCACUUGUUUAAAUAAAUUCAUUAUUUUUUUUACUUUGCUUCUUAUAACUUUCAGAAAGACAAUUUUAGAGAAAAAAUACAACCUUAAAAAUGAUUUUAGGAUUUUUAAACACAUAUACCUUUUUACCUUUUGAAUUCCUUCCUAUUAUUUCCUGACAAUUUAAAUCAAUGUUCAAGUAAGUUUAUUUUUUUUAUGGUAAAGAAUAAUAAAUGCAUUUUAGUUUAAUUCUUCAUUUUAGCUUCUGUUUUUUCGACAAAGAAUAUUUGUGAAAUAUUUCUUCAAACUUAUCAUGAUUAAAAUUCAAAACAUGUAU